AUGUCGGGGUUCACGGCCAUCAACGUCGAACCGGAGGAUACGUUCGAAGAAGAGGUCGACGACACGAGGGAAAUUCAGCUUGAAGAAGCAUUCAAACUCUAUCAGAAUGCGCUGAAACUCCACUCCCAAGGUCCCGAAUACUUCCAAGAGGCACUCGAUGCCUAUCAGGAGUUAUUGCAGUCGGAAGUCUUCAAGUAUCCCGAGGUCGUUUCUGAGUUUGCCCAUGAAGAGCUCGACGAUGAGGGGACUUCAGCAACUGCGCAGGUCGAGGCUGGACCGCUCUCUCUACUCCCUAGUAGUGCAGCCGAAUCAUCUGCAAGCUCGAUUCCUCAACUCAUCUACCUCGCCUUCAAAAACCGUGGUCAAUUUCUCCUCGAAGUUGCACGGCAUCGACUACCAAACGUGCGUGGACCCCGCGCUGACCUAUGCCGGCAUUAUGCAACAUCCUGCAAUGAGAGUAUUCGAGAUUUUGCCAAAGCCCUGGAACGAGAUGACACCGACCUUGACUUGUGGAAGAAGUCUGCUCGCGUAGCCAGUGUACUGUCGACACAGAGGAUAGUGCGGUUUUGUCUGGAAAGUGUGCUUGCUGGAGACGAUGACGAUGCUGAGCAAACAAUCGAUCUAUCAGGUCUCGACGAAGCCUAUGCUGCUGGGGAUCUGGAAGAGGUAGUCGCUUUGGUUCAAGAUGAUCUCACGCGCCUUCGAAGCUCUGGCAUACGACCGAAGAGCCAGCUAUUGGCGGCCUUGAGGAAGACGAAUGAUCCCUAUCCAUUUCUCCCCAAACGACCAAAGGCGCUCGAGUACCUGGAUGACAGAUACCGGCCGCUGAGUUUUGGAGUCGGUCAGAUCGUCUUGCGGCCAACUUCCAACGACCUCUUCUCCCUCGGUCAGGCUAUCCUUAAUCUCAUUGUCGGCAUUCAAGAGGGGUCUCUAGCACAUGGAACUGCUACUACUGUCCGUGCGGAGGUCCCCGAUCUACAACUCAUACAUGAUGACUCAGAGAUGAAUCGGGAUUCCGACAAUGACAAAACAGCGGAUAGGUUAUCAGCAGUCACUCCUCCUCAAGAAGUGAACAAAGGCACACCGUCACCGGAUGCAUCCAGAAACCCUAAUGAGUCUGCUAUCGAAGUAGAACCUUCGUCCGCAAAAGAUGCUGAGCCCGACAACGCGAAAAAUCGAGAGGUCGAGAACAGUGUGGCGCCAGAUGCAGACACAAUAGAGGUACAACAGCCCGAUGCAGACACGAUUGAAGUGGAGCAAGUAGAUACGGACACAAUCGAGGUAGAUCAACCAGACACCAGAAGAACGGAAGCUGUAGCUGCAAAAACACGGAAGAGGUCCGCGACAGCGGCUGGCAAUGAGGAGCCCGAAGGUCGGACGAAAAGCAAGAGAAUCCGCGCACGAGAGUCUUUGGCCGAAACUGCCGCCCAUGAUGACGAUACAGUACAUGAAGAUCCCAAUGCUUUCCUUGACCAGCUAUCGGUGUUCGACGAGGUCGACCAGUCAGCUUUUGUCGCCGCGAACUCCCUUCUUCAGCAUGUCGGCCUGACACUGUACACAUCGGCCGAGGAAGCCCGAGAGGUAUUUUGGCAAGGGACUGCCAAAUCUGGAAAUGACCAGCAACAAGAGCAUAUCAGGAAGGACUUGCAGCUGUUGACAGACCUCAAAGUUGCGUUACUGGAUUGGAAUGACGACAAGAGCCAUGCUAUUAUCACUGGACACGGCAACCAAGACUUUGCAGAGAAUUCCACGGGAAUGUCGUUGUUUCUUCAACACUCCAAAGUGGCCACUUCGAAAAACCCAGAGCUUCCUCCGGGCUCUGCUGAGGCCGCACUGGUUGCUCUGGUCAAGAAGAUCAAUAGUGGAGCGACCAACAUCUACGAUGCGGCGUUUUGUUGGCUUCAAUCGGUGCUUACUGGCUCUCGAGACCCCACCAAACCAUCUGCCUCCUCCUACUUACGAGACGCAUGGCCCGACGAGAUGAAGCAGACGGUGCUGAAACUAGUACUGACUACCGAGUCUUAUCUGUAUGAGACAAUGCGCCAGCGCUUGUUCUCACUCACAACUUCAAGCACGGGUCAAGACGAUGGUGGUAAUCUGGAACUGGCCGCUCAGGUUGAACUUGCGGAAACUCUGUUCGAAUUGCACCUUGAUCUUCAUUCGGCGACUACAAGCUCUGCCAACAAUGUCGACGAAAGUUCACGUGUUGGUCAUGAGAGACGACUCACGAGAUGGUCCAGCUUGGCAGACGACUUCAUGUGCCUCUACCUCGACAGUUCAAACCAACCAGCAACAAGGGACCCUCUCGUUCUGAGGUUCAUCUGGGCAUCCACCAUCUACGCCACCUUGGCCGAAGAGGUAGACAAGACACACAUAGUCCUGUGCCUAGAAGAUUUGAAAAGAGUGCUUGAGCGGACAGGAGCGGACGCCAUCUUUUUACCCAACAAUACAGCCAUGCCGGUGCUAUCUGUCUCGGCCAUCGAACAAGAGCUGUCGCGCUUGAACACGUUGGAUUUCUUCACGAGCGUCUUCGAUAGCGACAACAGCGACCCGGUGGCGGUAAUUGAGAAGUUGGAACCUAUCCUUGAAGCAAGCGCAGUGGCCGAUGAAGGUGGUGCAAGGUCGCCGCGCGAGUCGGCCGUCCUCACACCCCAAGCCGAGCAGCUGGUUCAGUUUCUGGGGUCUGGUGAUGCUUCACUGAAGCUCUUCUUGUGGCGUCGCCUCCAGAAUGCGUACACGUCUAUAUCAUACACUCCGAAAAUUGUUUCUUGCCUCCUGCGAGCCCUCGAAACGUGUGUGAACGAACUGUAUACUGCACGGCAUCUCGAGACGGACAGCACCGCUCGGCAGAUUUCAAUGCUGAAGUGGUUACGAGAUAUUGAUGAGAUCUUGGUAAGACUGAUUAUCAAGAUCCUCAACGAACCUUCUGCCUACGAAUGCGUUGAUGAAGCCCAUCUACGGUCAUCAUUGAGCACCAUCACGUCACUUGCUAAGCUUUUCCAUGGGUUUGUUAUCUAUGACGACUCUGUUCGAAUCGGUCAGACACCUAGCCCUCAACUCAAGGGUGCGGCUUCAGUCAAGUUGUACGACAAGAGCAAAGAUCGUUUCCGAGAGCUUCUGGUUCGUGUCUGGAUUUUGCAGUAUUCUCUCAUCAAGGAAGCCACUGUACAAGAUCCCACUUCUUAUCCUCAUGCUGGCAAUGAUCUGGCACUCUACCUUAGCAAGGUUCACGAUGCCUUGGGGAUGCGGCAGUACUGCAAGUAUGCCAACAAAGCCUUCGUCAAAUUGGUCAAGAAUGAACUUGGCACACUGGAAACCUCGGAGGACCAUUCGACGGACAUGGCUCAAGUAUUCUACGAUCUAUACCAGCUUCGCUUCACCGGCGGCAUGGGGGAUGCAAACCAUGGCUGUCCGACGGAGACCCUGGAUCGGAAGACCGCCUGGUCAUUGGUUCCAACCAUCAUGAAAUAUGCGGAGCGGUUCAACUUCAAAGACUUGAUCAAAAGUGACCUUAAAGCCACGAUUGAGAAAAUCCAACAGUCUUUGGGCGUUGUUAAGAACACGCCGGCGCUCGUGCACAAUAAACGGAUAAUUACUUCGUAUCUGAAGUCAACCGUCAACCCGGAAGAUCUGUACAAGUGCAUCCGUGGUAUCAGCGAUCUCCCAACACGUCCGGUCCAGAGUGAUACACAGGCUGCCGCCAGCUGCGGAUGGUAUUUCCUUCUGGGCCACCUAACGUUGGCCAAAUUCAAGUCAGUCAAGCGGGUAAUUCCUUCGCCCACGGACGACCUUGAUGUUGCCGCCAGUUUCUUCCGACAGGAUUUGGAUCACGGUAUAGAAAAGUGGGAGACCUGGUACCGGCUUGCACAAGUCUACGAGGCCAAAAUUGAGGACGACCUGAUCUGGAAUUCCACCAAACUCAACGAAGCGAGAGGCGAAAUUGCUCUACUCGAACGCCAGGCCAUACACUGUUAUAUCAUGUCCACUGCCAUAGCAAUGCGUGCGGCAGACGAUGCGCCUGACACGGCGGAAAAGAUCGAGGAUAUGCUUGCAGAGUUUGGCACUCGGCUGUACGCUUCGUCUCGGCCGCCGCUGAACAUGGAAGCCUUCAGAACCGACAAGCAGCAGCGGCACAUGAGCAGCCUUGUUGACCAGACCAUGUCCAAGCAGCCCUAUCAUCAGUCCGUCGGUCAGUAUGCAUUGUGGCGAUUUGCCGCUCAUCUUCUGAGCCGAAAACUUAGCAAACGCCCCAAGCACUGGAUGGUACAUUACACGCGGGCGAAAUGCCUUUGGAAGAUGUUUCAAAGUCCCGAGAAUAAUGGCCGUGUAUCGGCCCAGGACGUGCUCGAUGCCAUUAUCGAAUCCAUUGAUGAGUUGCCCAAGAAUCAAAAGUCAAAUGAGCCCAUCCUGGAGCCGCAUUACAAACUUGUUUCGGUAGUCUACAAGAUGGUCAAGGCCGGAGCGCUCACGUACACCCAAGCUGAGGAGCACAUGCAAGUAAGUCGUUAUGCCCAGUCUGUUCGUCUUACCGAGGACGAGGAAGGACUGCAAUGGGUUGCAUACGUUCUCCAAAUCUUGAAGAAGCUUGGAACUGCCGACAAGUCCAACUGGCACCACAGAAUCACCGCCCGGGCUGCACAUGUAUUGUAUGACGACGAUCCAAGCAUCGCUGGGGCGCUCGGAGCCAGGCACCAGUUCACUCAACAGAUCUUCACCAAGACCAUGACGAUACAAGUAUGGAAGCCAGAGCACGAACGACCAGGUCGACAUUAUGUGUAUACCGGCAGAUAUGUCAAGUUCUUCAUCCAUUUGCUGGAGCAACUGAAAGAUCGGGGCAACAUGGACCAGCUGGUGCGCCGAAUUCGUCGGAAGACCACCGACUUUCUCGACCACAGUAAACUGUGGGAGGAGGUGGUCACCACCUACGUCCGGAUGAUGCGGCGGAUCGGGGACAUCCCUGAUGGUCGCGAACGUGCACUCUUCGAUGGUAUGAACUUUGAAGAGUUUACGAAGAAGUCGGAGAAGAUGGAAGAAUGGGCCCGAGAUCCUGACACAUCAUCGGUGUAUCUAGAUAUCAUGCGCGACGCCAUCGACCUGAAGCGUCUCAACAAUAGCUUGAUGAAAGGCCCGCUGAUCGACGAUCUCAUCGGCGAUUCAUACGCCUGUCUGUACGAAGAGUUUGUCGCGCAACUGCCUCCAGAGGAACAACCGAAGGCCCAGGCAGCUGUUUUCCCACAGGGUACAUUUAUCAACAUGACCACCAACCUCGCCGGAGACAACGAGGAUGCUGAACGUGCUCGUCUCAAUGACAUGCUCCGAGCGCAAGGGGACGGUGCUGCCGAUGGACCCUUGGCGGUUUCCAUCUCCGCACCUGUUGGUCUUGGGCUGCAGAAUCCAGUAUCAUUCAUGGGCAUUGUAGGUCAAGCCGAAGUCCAUCGAGCUCCACCUAAGCCCGGGCGUACAAAGACAGUCACUAGGCGUGAGAUCCAGCGCAAGGCCGAAGCAGCAAUCGUCAAACCACCACCGAUCAAGACGCCGAUCCUGAGUAAGCGACCAAUAGUGGAGAUCCCUGGGAAGACCAUGGAAUCGCCAAUGGACAAGCGGCUGGCGGAUGCCAGAGACGAGGAUGCGGAAGGGAGUAGGAGUAGUUCCAGGAGAGGCAGUAGACAAGACAGUGCGGAUGGUGAAGCUGAUGGAGAAGAGGACUCUGGCAGUGAUCUCAGCGAUCUCGAUGAUCUGGAUGAUGAGAAGAAACAACUCCUCUCCGAGCUUGAACAGGCCAGAAACCGAGAAGCCGAGGAUGCCGCGGACGAUGGUGGCGAUGAGGAUGACGGUGACGGUGAUGACGAUGGCGACGGCGACGGCGACGGCGACGAUGUUGAGGAAGAUGCUGGCAAUGAUGUGGAUGAGGACGGGGACGGAGGAGAAGAUGAAGGUCCCGAUGAGCGGAGGCGUGAUGUGGAUAAUGAUGAGGAGAUGGAGGAUGUACCAGACGAAGUUGAGAUUCAGGAUUCUCAGGAGAAUGCUGUCGAUAAGGAGAGUCCCGGCGACGACGGAGCAGAGCAAGCCUUCCACGAGGCGCGAGAGGGGACAAAUUUGGAAGACUAG